GUCUGUUCGACCACCUUCAAUGGGGAUAAACUGCCUUCCCUCCUCAGCAGAACUUUGCAUUAUUUGUGCGGGUUCAGUUGCGUGGGCGAUGGCUGACUCCCGGAUCACGAUCCGGCAGCUUGCCAAUGCCCACGCCGCUGGUACAUUAGCCUGUCUGGAAUUUGGGUCCACAGAGGAAAUCGUUUUCCGGCAGCUCGCCAAUGCCCACGCCGCUGGUGCAUUAGCCUGUCUGGAAUUUGGGUCCACAGAGAAAAUCGUUUUCCGGAUGUGGAGGCUCCCCGGCCCGUGGCUCAUGCUGCUGUCAAUUUCGAGCUGCGUCCGAUUGACGACCAAGUCGCUCGCCAUGCUUCCGACCAAGAGGCUGAGCAUAGCAUCCAAGUCGCCGUUCGUCAUGCUUCUAACCAGCAGCCUCAGCCUGGCAUCGAAGUCGUCCAGAACCAUCACCAUCAGGCGGAAGCCGUCGUCACUGCCGAGGAUCCCGAUGCGAUCCGCGAGAUAGCUGUGUUUUUGUUUUCUGCUGUGUUUUUGCUUUGUUUUUGCUUUUGUUUGGCGGUUGCUAGGAAUAAUUGUUGCUGCU